UUUGCCGAGGUUCGCCGGCUGGAUAAAAAACAACAAUGUUGUUGGUCAUGUGAGCCGUGUGCAGAAAACCAACGCGUAGUCAAUGUGACCACUUGUGAAACUUGUCCACAACAUUAUGGACCUUCGAAGAAUCGCACAACUUGUGUAGAACUGGAAAUUCACUAUAUCGACAUAGACACGUGGUUUGCAAUUGUUCCGAUGACUUUCAGCAGCGUUGGUAUAUGUAUCACCAUUGGAGUCAUUGUCACUUGGCGAGUGUACAGUGAAACGCCAAUUGUACGUGCCACGAGUCGUGAACUGGCUUAUCUCCAACUCUCAGGCUGUCUGGUAUCUUAUUCUGCCCCAUUCAUACUACUUGCCACUCCAUCGGUGCUCACGUGCACAUUGCAGCGAAUUAUGAUUGGUCUCGGUUUCGCCAUGAUGUACGCAGCCCUGUUGACCAAGACGAACCGAAUCGCUCGAAUUUUUGAUGCAGCUAAGCGGACCACCAGACGACCCGUGUAUAUCUCACCCCGUUCACAGUUAGUCAUUGCCGGAGCACUUAUCACACUACAGCUGGCUUUAUCAGCGAUCUGGUUCGGAUUUGAUGCCCCCGAUACACGGAUCGAUGCCCCCAGGGCAAAUCAACCAAACUAUCUUGUACGGCGUUGUGCAAUGAAGGACAAGAGUUUUCUCAUCUCGUUGGCUUACAAUGUGGUUUUGAUCAUUGUUUGUACGGCGUACGCCAUCAAGACUAGACAAAUACCGGAGAACUUCAACGAAUCGAAGUUUAUUGGCUUCGCGAUGUACACGACAUGUAUAAUCUGGCUUGCAUUUCUGCCGAUGUACUAUGCGACGAUGAACAACCAUGAGAUUCAAAUCACCACCUUGUGCAUCUCCAUCAGCCUCAGUGCCAGUGUAAUGCUCAGCUGCCUUUUCAUUCCAAAACUCUACAUAAUCUAUUUUCACCCGGAGAAAAACGUGCGACGUUUGACAAUGAACAAUCCAAAUGCGAAGCAGAAGAUUCGUGAACUUACUCAGCAAAUAAACAGUGCUUCGAAGAAAAAUAGUGCAAACUUUCUUGUGGAAACACACAAGGAUGAACAGAAAGAGAAACAUCAAUCAGCUACCAUAGUAACCUCAAUGACAAACAGCAGUACGCGAACAGAUGAGCAAGCAGAGAAGUCUGUUAGUGUGCACACGGAUUUGGAUAUGUUGACUAAUCCUUCAUUAAUUUCAGGACCCGAUAAAACAACCAAAUUCGCCAACGUUAUCAUGAAUCCGUUGGCUUUGGUCCCUGACGCCGCUCAACAGAGACAAUCUUUAGCAAAAGCCAUCAGCAACAACGCCCCCAACAAUAAGGAAAAACAACUGAAUCCUAUCCAAAAGUUCAAUUUAUCUGACAUCCCCGCACCUACCCCACUGCUACUUGACCCUUUGUCCAAGCGUGUGACAAUCACACCAGCCUAUUGUGAUGAAACUACUUCACCGGAUGAGGAGGACGACUAUAUUCCAACCCGUGCUACCUUAUCGUACCGAAACGAACACGUCUCUGCGUCAAUUCCCACGAUGUCAACCCAAUAUGCUGCAGCCUAUUCCACGACAAACUCCCUUUCUUCCGUCGAAACACCUCGUAGCUCUGAUUUAUAUCUACAAAGUUUGGGAGAUGACACACAAAUAGCACCCAGCGUGACCAGUUACAGCCCAAGUUUGAACGGUGGGACUAUUUUCACUCAGCUACGACAGCCUCGAAGGUCUACCAGUUCAAGAAUCGACUUUACAGAACAAAAAGUGACUGCCUUG